AUGGGGGUGUUUGGGAACGCUGCUGGCUCUGCCGACAGGCUGCUCCACAGGGGGCUGUGGGCUCUGCUGCUGCUGCUCUCUGUGGCCAUCUACGGCUCCCACGCCCCGCUCCUGACCCUGUGCAAGGUGGAUGGGGCCAUCCCCUUCAGCUCCACGUCCGUGGUGGUGCUGGUGGAGCUGACCAAGCUGUUGCUGUCGGUGCUGUCGCUGCUGCCGGGGGCCCGGGAGCCGCUGCCGGCGGCGCUGUCCUGGCGCCACGCCGCGCCCUUCGCCCUCUCCGCCCUGCUCUACGCCGCCAACAACAACCUGGUGGUGCACAUGCAGCUCUUCAUGGACCCCAGCACCUUCCAGGUGCUCAGUAACCUGAAGAUCGUCAGCACGGCGCUGCUCUACAGCCUCCUCUUGCGGCGGCGCCUGGGCCCGCGCCGCUGGCUGGCCCUGCUGCUGCUGCUGGCCGCCGGUGUCACCUACAGCUGCGGGGGGCUGCGGGGACACGGGGACACCGCAGGGACGCGCCUGCACGUCACCCCCGUGGGGCUGCUGCUGCUCUCCGUGUACUGCCUCAUCUCGGGCCUCUCUGCUGUGUACACUGAAGCCAUCCUGAAGAGCCAGGCGCUGCCCCUCGGCCUGCAGAACAUCUUCCUGUACUUCUUUGGGGUGCUGCUCAACCUGAUGGGAUCCCUGUGGACUGGCAUGGAGGGUGGGUUCCUGGAGGGCUUCUCCCCGUGGGUGCUGCUGGUUGUGUUCAGCCAGGCUCUGAACGGCCUCAUCAUGUCCGUGGUGAUGAAGCACAGCAGCAACAUCACCAGGCUCUUCAUCAUCUCCUGCUCCAUCCUGGUCAAUGCUCUCCUCUCCGUUGCCCUCUUCAACCUGCAGCUCACCCUCCUCUUCUUCGUGGCUGUGGCGUGCAUUGGCCUGGCUGUGCACCUGUACUAUGGAGUCACAUAGUCACUGCCUUCCUCCCCCGUGUCUGGGCAGCCCCAGCCCUUCCUCAGGGCUGGAAUCAUUCCUGGUGCACAGCUCCAAGGAUCCCCCAAGGAGUGCUGAGGGGGAGAGCACCCUGCCCCUGCUUCCACAGGGAAACUGCCCUGCUCCAGUCCAGCCAGGCUCUGUGCCAUGGGGCUCCCAUGGCAUCAGGCAUGCCCAGCCUCAGAGGGGUCCUGAACCCCUUGUGCCAGGGGAGGUUCAGGGUGGACCUUAGGAGUGAUUUCUUCACAGAAGGGGUGAUGAAACAUUGGAAGGGGCUGCCCAGUGGGGUGGUGCAGUCACCAUCACUGGAGGUGUUUAGGGACAGGACAUGGCACUUAAUGCCAUGGUCCAGGUGACAGGUCUAGGUGAUGUUGGGUUAUAGGUUUGACUCCAUGAUCCCAGAGGUCUUUUCCCACGUAAAUGAUUCUGGGACUCUGUGUCCCUUGUCCUCAAGCUGCUUCCCCACACCACAGUGGCCUGGGAAUGCCCUGGCAGUGCCUCCUGCCUGCCCAGCAUGGCACUGGUGCUGUUUCAGCUCCCAUGGAUGCUGCUUGAUCCCUGCCAUUCCUGGUGCUGCUUCCCUGGGCCUCUCCCACCUCCACGGUUUUCCAGGCUGGCCCUGCCUGGAGCCCUGCUGUCCUCAAGCCUCAUUUCCCCUUCCUGGCACAGUGUCUGCACAACAGCCAGGGACUGGGGCAUGUGGGAACCUUCACCUGCUCCCCAAAAGGGGGAUGCCCCAAAAUUUGUACCAAGUUCCUGGCAGGCAGAGGCCAGCCAGGGUAUUAAAGCUGCGGUUCAACAGUG